AUGCUCCUUUUUCUUCUUCCUCUGCUCGCUCUAUUUCCUACUAAUUUCGGGACUCCUUCGCAGGCCAUCCACUUAUCUCCUCACUCACCCCUUCAACCAUUUGGGACGGAAAAUGCUCUUAAACAUGGAUCGAUUAAUGAACUGUUUAGUUCAUUUCUGACUGCCCGAAGGCACCGUAACAAAAUUUUGUCAGCUGCCCCAGCUCCAUCUCCAUUGUCACAAGGCCCCGUUACUAGUCGUACUGGUAAUAGGGGUAGGCAUCACCAUCAUCGGCCUAGAACUAGAGUUAUGGUGCUUCCUCCUUCUCCUUCUGCUAGUCCAGCAGGUUGUAGUCAAAGUUGCGCGGAGCCACUAACAUCAGCCCCAUUUGGUUCACCCUGUAUGUGUGUGAUCCCAAUGAGAGUCAAACUUCUUUUGGGGGUACCUCUCUAUGCUAUCUUCCCAGAGGUCACCGAAUUAGAGAUUGAGGUUGCAGCCGGUACAUAUCUUAAACAAAGUCAAGUAGCAAUCAUUGGAGCUAGUGCGGAUACUCAAAAUCAGGAAAGAGCAGUGGUAGAUAUAUAUUUAGUUCCUCUUGGGGAGAAGUUUGAUGAUACAACUGCUAUCCUGACUUAUGAAAGAUUUUUACGCAAGAAAGUGCCCCUAAAUAGGACCCUUUUCGGUGAUUAUGGUGUAAUGAACAUUUCUUAUCCAGGACUCCCGUCUUCAACCCCAUUCGGUGAGGGUCCUACUGCUGGAAAUCAACAAUACCCUAUUAGUGCAGACUUUGUUCGAAAAAAUCAGAAGAUAAACCCUCGAAUAAUUGUGGUCAUUGUUUUGUCUGCAUUUGUGCUCUUGGUGGUUGCUUGUGCUGCUGUAGCUAUGCUAUUAAAGUGCAGGACUGCACGCAAACCAUCUAAUGCUGUUGGCCCAGUAUUCACUUCUUCUAUGCACAAAAGAUCAGGAUUUGGUUCUAUGCGGUCGAGUAGCCCUACCACCUCGACAUCACCUUCUCUCAUAUCCGCCAUGCCCGCUUCUGUUCUUUCUGUGAAGACAUUUUCACUGGCAGAACUUGAGAAAGCCACAGAAAGGUUUAGCAAGAAUAAGGUUUUGGGCGAAGGAGGAUUCGGGCGGGUUUAUCAUGGGUUGAUGCCAGAUGGCACCGAGGUGGCAGUCAAAUUACUGACCAGAGACAACCAAAACGGAGACCGUGAAUUCAUUGCUGAGAUCGAGAUGCUGAGCCGUCUGCAUCAUCGUAACCUCGUGAAGCUCAUUGGCAUAUGCAUCGAGCAAAAGACACGCUGCUUGGUCUAUGAGCUGGUCCCAAACGGCAGUGUGGAGUCCCACUUGCACGGUGACGACAGAAGCAAGGGGCCUCUGGAUUGGGAUGCACGUCUGAAAAUUGCUCUUGGUGCGGCGAGAGGAUUGGCUUACCUUCACGAGGAUUCCAAUCCUCGUGUGAUUCACAGAGAUUUUAAAGCUAGUAAUGUAUUACUUGAAGAUGACUUCACUCCUAAGGUCUCAGAUUUUGGUCUGGCACGGGAAGCUACUGAGGGGAGUCAUCACAUAUCUACUCGGGUCAUGGGCACAUUUGGGUAUGUCGCGCCGGAAUACGCGAUGACGGGGCAUUUGCUUGUGAAGAGCGACGUUUAUAGCUACGGGGUCGUCCUGCUGGAGCUGCUCUCUGGUCGGAAGCCAGUUGACAUGUCCCAGCCCCCGGGCCAGGAGAACCUCGUCACGUGGGCCCGGCCCCUCCUCGCCAACCGAGAGGGCCUCGAGCAGCUGGCGGACCCCACUCUCUCGGGAAGCUACGAUUUUGAUGACAUGGCAAAAGUAGCCGCCAUUGCCGCCAUGUGUGUCCACCCGGAGGUCACCCACCGCCCUUUCAUGGGGGAGGUCGUCCAGGCACUCAAGCUCAUUUACAACGACACAGACGAGACUUGUGCUGACGCCUUAAGCCUUAAGGAGGACUCGUCCGCCCGUGGCUCGGAUUUCAAGGCCGACUUCACGGCCCACUCGGAUGGCAGCUGGUGGAACGAGCGGUGUGGGACCCCCCCACGCAUGACACGCGGGCGGGCCUCGUCUUUUGUGACGAUGGAUUACAGCUCUGGCCCACUAGGGGAGGUGGACAACAGGUCAGGCCCAUUAAGGACUGUAAGGAGUCAACGGACUUUUUAUAGGCUGCAAGGGAGCAUGAGUGAACAUGGGGAGAUUUUGGGGAGACGUGCUUGGGAUGGUGGUGCUGGGUAUGAGGCUUCCUUUUAG